AUGGUCGUCAAGUCGAGAGAACCAUUCAUAAUCGUCGGCGCCGGCAUCUUUGGGGCCUCAACGGCUCUUGAACUCAUUAUCAAAUACCCACACUGCAAAGUCUUUCUCGUUGAUCCGGAUCGGUAUGCUGACCCAACUUCGGCAUCUCAUGACAUAUCCAAAAUUGUCAGAUAUGAUUAUGAUCAGAGUCGUCUGAUAGUUAUGGCAAGAAAGGCCAUGGAAAAGUGGCAUAAUGAUCCUCUAUACUCGGUGCACUUUCACAAAGUCGGCAUGUACCGUGCCCAGCCAGACACCUUCAACGAGGACAGCCUUGCUGCAUAUAGGAAGCUCGGCUUCGACACCAAGUCUAAGUGGAUGACUCUGGAAGAAGUGCGGGCAAAAUCGACAGUCUUUGCCGCGGCCAACUUCGGGGACUUGGAAAAGGUCAUGUACAAUCCCGACUUCGGCUAUGUGGAGGCGGAGGCCGCUUUGAGAAGUGUCCGCGAAGAAGCCAUACGACGAGGAGUCGAGCCUGUUGUGGGAGAGGUGAAGAAGUUGAGUUUUGGCAGCGACAAUGACUGCACUGGCGUCGUGAUGAGUGACGGCGAGGAAAUCAGGGGAACCGUCAUGUUGUGCACAGGUGCCCGGACAGCUCCCUUGCUCAUCGACAGUGCCCCUGACAGAGAGGAGCUUCAUGCCAAGCAUAGGCUCACAGCCACCGGUGCCAUGAGCUUCACGGUGCGCCUUGAAGGAGAACUAAAGGCACGCUUCGAUGCGGACCCCGUCCCUGUCUUUAAGAAUCGCGUACCUGGAGUCAUGGGCAAGUGGGAGUUGGUAUCGUACCGCGACGGCCAGCUCAAGUUAAACUGCGACGCUUGUUAUACCCACAAGACGCAGCACGCGCUCACGAAUGAGACGAUUUCUCUUGUCCCGCAAGUGCCAAACUUGACCCGUUGGGCAAAGAACCCCAAGGAAAUCCCCGAGAAUAUCAAACAGCUUGCUCGAAGGACCCUUGUAGGACUGUGUGGGAAUGACCUAGCGGGCUGUCAGAUUGAAGAGUACCGCUUCUGCUGGGACUCGUAUACGCCGAACCACGACUUCAUUAUCUCGGCUCAUCCACGCUGCGGGAACCUGUACAUAGCUACUGGCGGCUCCUUCCACGGGUGGAAGUUUUUGCCCGUCAUUGGCGAGUACACCGUAGGGGUUUUGGAUGGCACGCUCGAUCCCAGUUACCGAGACAUGUGGGCUUGGGAUCGGGGUGCGGACUACCCCCGCGCCAACACCACCUACGAGGUGAGUGGCGAUCUGGGCGAUAUCUGGGCGAUUGGCAGUAGAAAGCGAUAA